UGAUCCAUGCAAACAAGAAUGUCAAGAGUAAUGAACUUAACACUUACCCUAUUCAGCUUUCUUGUCUGGCUUCUAGUUUCUUGAAGACAGAACUCUAGCUUCAGUAUCUUCUUCUUCAAAUCUUGAUCUGGUGUCUCUGUUUCUCCUGCUGUUGUUUUUAAUCAAAGAAUUGAAACUUCCAUUGAGAAUAUAACAGAUGGAUCAAGAUCUUAAAAUUUUGAAACUUUUAUUGAAAAUUCUAGUUGGGAUUCACAUGAGAUUUAAGUUCAUUAGUCUUAUAUUUCCAGUGACCAGACAUUAAGCUUAUCUCAACUUUGAGUUUUUUAACCUCUUCGUCUUUCACUUCAAUUAGUCUAUUAAUUUGAUCUCACACUAUAUUUACUAGAUUUGAAAGGUUUCUUAUAUUGAAAUCCAAAAUACAAAUACAUACGUUUGAAAAAACUUACGAAAUUGCAAAUAUAAAUGAAAAUCCCUUUGUGAAAUUUAAAAUUAUUAAAUUUUACAAAAUACUUCUCUACAUAAAUUUCUAAAUCAGUUAGAAUAAAUAAACAAGUAACAUUUUCGCUGAACAAGAAAACACACAGAUUUUUGAAAAGAACUUGGCAAAGCACAUUUAUGAAAGUUUCAUUACAUUGACCAAAAAAAAAAAAAAAAAAAAAUUGACCAAAAAAAAGAAAGUUUCAUUACAAUCCACAUUGCAAGUUUUAAUAUUACCGAAAUAGAUUGAAUGGAGAAAGCUAAAAAGAGGAAUAAAAAAAUAUUAUAAGUUGGUAUAUUAAUAGAAACAUCAAAUUAGCCGUAGACUAGUUCCAAUAUCCACAAACCAUUCUCUUCCUAAAACCAAUCUCCCAUUUCAGGAUUCACAUUUUUCAGAUAUAUAAAGAACACACAAAAAUAAAACUUAUUUUCCUUUUCAAACUUGUCAUUUGCAAUCUUGGAUGUUGGAUUCUGAUGAUGAAUGCUAUAGCUUUUCUUGGAAACUCAACGAUGAGACCCUCAAAAUGCCUUCUCCGUGCCUUCACAAGACUAUCUCCAUCUAGAGACACCGCGUUUCAAUCACAUCAUUCCCGCUGCAUAAACCAAAACAUCAACAAUCAAGAUCCAUAUAGAAUCACCAAACUGAGAAAUGUUGUACAGUUUUGUACUAACAGGCCAAGUUCUGUUACAACUCAGGUUGCUUCUGAGGCAAGAAACCUCUCUGCUUCCAGGAUAUGCACAAAGGAUCCGACAUUGGAUAAAAUAAUAGCCAAGAACGGCUUAAAUGUGAAGCCAUUAACCGUUGAGAGGCUAGAAGAAGAUGAGAAAGAUGAAGAGGUUGUCAAUGGAGAUGUCAGAAACAUAGAUAAGGACGGUCUGGAGAAUGUCAGAAGAAAAGAAAUCGAGGAGGAAGCUUGGAGGUUGCUGAGACAAUCAGUAGUGACAUACUGUGAUUCUCCUGUAGGAACCAUGGCUGCUAAUGAUCCAACCGAUACAGCACCUUUAAACUAUGAUCAGGUCUUUGUUAGGGACUUUGUACCUUCGGCUCUUGCUUUCUUGAUGAAGGGAGAAGGCGAGAUUGUUCGUAACUUCCUUCUUUACACGUUGCAGCUGCAGAGUUGGGAGAAAACUGUUGACUGUUAUAGUCCAGGACAAGGACUAAUGCCUGCGAGUUUCAAAGUCAGAACUUCACCGCUUGAAGAGGACAAGUUCGAAGAGGUUCUUGAUCCAGACUUUGGUGAGUCAGCUAUAGGUCGUGUUGCUCCUGUUGAUUCUGGUUUAUGGUGGAUAAUACUGUUGAGAGCAUAUGGGAAGAUCACAGGGGACUACUCGUUGCAAGAGAGGGUAGAUGUGCAGACAGGGAUAAAGAUGAUUGCAAACUUGUGUUUAGCGGAUGGGUUUGAUAUGUUUCCAACGUUAUUAGUCACUGAUGGCUCUUGCAUGAUAGACCGACGUAUGGGUAUUCAUGGUCACCCUCUUGAGAUCCAAGCUUUGUUCUAUUCUGCUCUACGGUCUUCUCGUGAGAUGAUAACUAUAAAUGAUAGCUCCAAGAACCUAGUAAGGACCAUUAACAACAGGCUAAGCGCAAUAUCAUUUCACAUUAGAGAAAACUAUUGGGUUGAUAAAGGCAAAAUCAAUGAGAUAUACCGUUAUAAAACUGAGGAGUACUCUACUGAUGCAACCAACAAGUUCAACAUCUAUCCGGACCAGGUUUCUCCGUGGUUAAUGGACUGGAUUCCUGAAAGCCAUAGGUGUGGUUUUCUUGUAGGAAACCUCCAGCCUGCUCACAUGGACUUUAGGUUCUUCACUUUGGGAAACCUUUGGUCAAUUAUUUCUUCUUUGGGAACACCAAGACAGAACCAAGCUAUACUGAAUUUGAUUGAAGAGAAAUGGGAUGAUCUCAUUGGACAUAUGCCACUAAAGAUAUGCUUCCCUGCUUUGGAGUCUUCAGAGUGGCAUAUAAUCACUGGGAGUGAUCCAAAGAACACGCCUUGGUCUUACCAUAACGGCGGGUCAUGGCCAACACUUCUUUGGCAAUUCACAUUGGCAUGCAUGAAGAUGGGUAGACCAGAACUAGCAGAGAAAGCAGUUACAUUGGCUGAGAAGAGGCUCCAAGCUGACCGGUGGCCUGAGUACUACGAUACAAGAUAUGGGAAGUUCAUUGGAAAAAAGUCCAGGCUUUACCAGACCUGGACAAUUGCUGGUUUCUUGACUGCCAAGCAACUAUUGCAGAAUCCUGAAAUGGCAUCUUCCUUGUUCUGGGAAGAAGAUCUUGAGCUUCUAGAGACUUGCGUUUGCGUUCUAACCAAAUCAGGCCGGAAGAGUUGCUCUAGGGCUGCAGCAAAAUCUCAGAUUCUUAUCUAAAUUGGUUUUGUUGACGAACUGGAUUAAGAUGUAAAGUUCAUGUUGCAACAAAUAUCAUGUGAGUUUUGUAUAUAAGAAAAUAGUGGGUGACACUUGACACUAGUAGUACUUUUCAACAAUUAGUAAAAGAAAAGUACUAUGUUGUCCGGUAAUGUUAUACAUGUUAACCAAAGUAAUAGUAAAUAACAAUUUUGACUGUAUAGAAGCUGGUAUAUUGUAUUAGUUAAAAAAAUAUUUGGCUCUUAAACCCUAAUUGGUUUGGCCGGCUGCGUCUGGGGUCCAAUGUUAAGUGUUAAACAAAGAGACAAAUAUAUAUAAGAUCAUGCCCACAAGUUCUGAUGGGUCGAUUUUUAAGGGUCAACGUGUAUGUAUACAUUGAGAAUGACACUUUAUAUGCCGAUGCUAUAAGAAAAUGACCACUCCUUCAUAACCUAGGGGACAUGUUUUUGUAGAUUGUGGGAUCCCAAAUAUGGCAAAAUUUUCAAGGAUAUACUGAGUUUUGUGGUUACAAGAUUAGCCACCGUAAAAAAGGUUAAUUAAUGGUAAAGUCCCAUGUUAAUAAAACAUUCUAAAUAAGGAUUAGCCAGGUUCUAAUCCGAGAUGCUACGAGGAUAGUUAUACAAAUAAAUAAAUAAAGGGUAAAUAAAUCAAGGGACUAGGAGGUGAGAAAGUGGUGGGUGGUCCUUGAGCCUUAAAGGAAACAAAGAAGACAUCUCAUACUUGACCCCAAUUAUUAUGCCACCUUCUCUCUCACGUCUCCAUCCGUUUUCGUUGUCAUCUCUUUGUUUUCUUGAGGCUUUACUCUUCAGACGUGUCACCUUUUCAAUGGCCAAAAAAUUUCUCAUCUUUCAAUUGUUUUUUGUAAUCCGUGAUCUAUAUUCUUGGUUUUUACCCAUUAGACUUUUUUUAAAAUCAUGGAUCGAUCAACAUAACCAUGUUGAUCUAGGACAACUUACAAGUAAUAUCGUUAUUAUGGCCCUAAUAGGCUAGUAAACUGGAUCCUCAUUGCAUAUCAUAUAGUAUUAUAGGUAUUUUACAUAACACCAUAACUCAAGGUUAAUGGUUGACAACUUGACAUGCAAACAACUGGACAGGUUUGUGAUUCAAUCUUGAUUGGAUAUACUUUUAGCAAGUUUAGUUAUUGUCCUUUUUUUUUGGGCAACUGAUUUAGUUAUUAUCUUAUAGAUCGUAUUUUACAAAAUGCUUCUGAAAUUUAGUUGUUGUAACCGAUUAUACACGUUGCCUAACACACAAAAAAAAGUCAUAGUCCUGCAUAGCUAACGUAAACGUAAUCAUGUUCUUUAAUUUUUCAAACAUUUGUACUUAAGUUCAUAUCAUCAAGACUGAAGUAAUCUCUCCAAUCAGCUGAAAUAACCACGUUCAGACAAUAAACCGAUUGGCUUUGGUCUCUACUUAUUGUAUCUACUUAUAACAAAAUAUACAUAUAUGUAAGGACAAAGUAUGAUAUAUGCACUCAUUUUGUUUCACAAAGUUGUUUAGAUGUAGGGCACACGAAAGUCUAUUUUAACUUAUUAUCAUUUUAUUAUAUGAAUUUUUUAAAAGCUAUAAAGAGAAAACAAAAAACUGUUCGAGAAGAAACCAAUUUCAGAUAAAGAGGUCUCUCACAUGCGACCCACUUUGAACAAAAGAGUCGGACCGUAGGGUCUGCAUGCACAUGCCUUCUCGUAUAUAUUUAUACUUCAUUUUAAUUUCAUUUUUGGCAUAUAGCUUAUAAAUAUCGAAUUUAGUUUUCUUAAAAUAUAAAUUCAAAUCUGUGCUGGAUGAAUGGGCCCGAAAUUAGAUACAUACUUUGUCCUUUACAUUUAUAAAAUAUUUAUAUCGCUUUUUUUUCGAGAAAAAAUAUUUAUAUCCUCUAAUGUGGAUUAGUUAACUGGUCGAACCUAGAACUUGAAGAGUACUGAAUUCUCAUCCUCGAAUUCAAAUAUUCGAUGGAAAGCGUUUAAACACUAUAUAUUAACUAGAUUUUUUUUUUGCUAAAUAUUAAUUACAAAGUUGCCAUGAAGAUUAGCAUUGAGCCAUUUAUGGUGUCCAAAUUUCAUUUUGAAGCAAAUACUUACAACUCACAAAAGUAUGAAAUGACAUCGAAACAGUUUGAACAACAACAAGAAUACGCAAUAUUUUCGUCCAACUCGUGAUGAUUUUUGACAUUUUUCCCCAUUGCAAACACUUGAUUAAAUACAUUAUCAAACAUUCGGAUUAUAAAUGCGUAAAAGAAUAACCAAAA